AUGACAUCAACUAGUGAUGUGAACAAACAGCAACAACGUUUAGCGGAACAAUAUCGUGCAAUAUCUAGAAUAGAUGCGUAUAAUUCUGGUUACAAUUAUGAACAUCAAUAUGUUUAUCAUCCGUCAAUAGCAUCCGCUUAUAAGACCAACAAUUCGCCAGCCUUGCAUAAAAAUGAUAAAAAGCGUAAAGAAUAUUAUAAUGAUCCCUAUUGUUGUAUAGAUUAUGUUAAAAAACGAUUUUACUAUGAUCAAUGUACGUCACAAAAAGAAAAUUAUUAUCCACAAGAGAAUUCAUGUUAUAACAAUUAUAUCUGCUCGUCGCCAUUUAAUAAUACAUCCUUAGCACCUCCUCUGUUACAAACAUCUACAACAUCAACAGUUCCUGCGUCCUAUUAUGCUUUAACGCCACCCAAUUCAAAUGAAAUUUUAUUUGAUGAUUCGUGUGAACAAACACUAAUGCCAUUUGAUAACAUCAUCCAGAUGCAUACAAUUGUAGAUGACUGUAAAUUAAUUAAAUUAGACAAUAAUAAAUCCGGUACAUAUCCAGAUGAUAUUGAGCAAUUAUUAGAAAUAUUUCAAAAUGAAUGUGACAGUACAUUAUCAACAGAAACAGAAGAAACAUUAAAGUUAAUAACAAAUCAAUCGAGUUGUUAUUCAAAUGAUAUUAAAAAUAUUACCAAUUUCCACUAA